AUGGCUACUACUACUACUACUCAACCUACUACCUUCGGGAAACCAAUGUUGAAACAUUGGCUCUUCGAUCCUUCGUACAAGAAUCUCAACCACGGUUCUUUCGGCGCACACCCAGCGCCAGUCCGCGAUGCACAACGUGCAUUCUUAGACAUCGCAGACCUGCGACCGGAUCCCUAUAUCCGAAAGCAACACACAAAGCUUCUCGAAAAGGCACGCCAGGGCGUGGCGACGAUCAUCAAUGCGCCCAAAGAGGAAUGUGUCUUUGUGAAAAAUGCCACAACAGGCGUCGCGACCGUCCUAUAUAAUCUAAGCUUCCAACCCAACGAAGCUCUCAUCUAUUUCGAACCCGUCUACGGAGCUGUGGAGAAAUGCAUCGUCUCUAUGCAAGAGCACAGCCCCUUCCAAGCCCGAAAAGUGAACUUCCAUUUUCCCAUCACCCAGGACGAACUUGAACGCCGCUUUCGCGAAACGGUCACUCGCGCCCGAGACGAAGGGCUGACCGUUCGCGCUGCGGUCUUCGAUACUAUCGUCAGUAAUCCGGGUGUCCGCUUCCCGUUUGAAAAGUUUGUCACCAUUUGUCGCGAAGAAGGUAUUCUGAGCGUGAUCGAUGGUGCGCAUGGUAUUGGACAAAUUCCCCUGGACAUGAAUGUCCUCCAGCCUGACUUUUUGACAUCGAAUUGCCAUAAGUAUGAAUAUUCCCAUCUCCUUUUCACCACCACCCGUUAUCGACCUCUUCUCGCUGUCUCUCCUCCCCGCUCUGCUUAUACUGACAUUCCUGCCCAGAUGGCUAUACACCCCCCCGCAGCGCAGCCGUUCUCUACAUCCCCAAGCGCAAUCAACAUUUCAUGCGCAGCACCCUCCCCACGUCAUGGGGUUUCAUCCCUGCAGCCGGCUCAGCCGAAAACAAUCGCAUCAGUCCUCCAAGAUCCAACCGCUGCGAAAACCCAAACUCCCUUCGAAGAGCUCUUCGAGUUCGUCGCUACCAGCGACGACUCCGCCUAUAUCUGCGUCGAAGCCGCCCUGAAAUUCCGCAAGGAAGUAUGCGGCGGCGAGGAGGCCAUCAUGGCGUAUUGUCAAAAGGUUUCCAAUGAAGGUGCGGACGCGAUCGCUUCGAUUCUCGGCACAGAAGUGCUCCAAGAGCCGGGCUUGAAGGCUGGGGAGAAGAGUAUGAUGCGUGCUUGUGCGUUGACGACAGUUCGUCUGCCUAUUGCUGUUGCUGAUCAGCCGGCUGAUUCCGAUUCUGAUUCCACGGCCUCGGGGGCUCUGGUUACUUUAUCGUCGCAGGAGGCGCCUCGUGCUUUUGCGUUCAUUCAGCGCACUUUGCUUGAGAAGUAUGAUACCUUUGUGCCUACUUUUCAACAUGGGCCGUGGCUGUGGACGCGAUUGAGUGGGCAGAUUUAUCUGGAAAAAGGCGAUUUCGAGUGGCUGGGUGGUAUCCUGCGUGAAUUGUGUGAACAGAUUGCUCGUAAGGAGUAUUAG